CAUGCAUGCAGUGUCCCCGUUCUCGCGCGCCUGACCGCUCGUCUUUUAACGUACAAAACGGGGCUUUUACGCGCAUUUAUCACCCGGCAUGGGAGACCAGAGUGAGCCGACCAUGGUGCAGAAGUCGACUUCAUUCAGCAUCAAGAGCCUGUUACUUCCUUCGAAGUUUGACAGCGCUGAUGAGAGCGCAGAGCGCGGCGGGAGCCCGGCACCCGUGCAAGACCUAGACAAACCCCCGGAAGACGCAGAGAUGGACAAUGCGCAACGCGACGCGGAGGAGCCCGAACUGCAGACCAAAAAGGGAAAGAAAUUCGACAAGCCUCCGUUCAGCUAUAACGCGCUCAUCAUGAUGGCAAUCAGACAGAGCCCCGAGAAGCGGCUCACGCUCAACGGCAUCUACGAGUUUAUCAUGAAAAACUUCCCGUAUUACCGGGAACACAAACAGGGCUGGCAGAACUCCAUCCGGCACAAUUUAAGCUUGAAUAAGUGUUUUGUGAAGGUUCCGCGGCAUUACGACGAUCCUGGGAAAGGGAACUACUGGAUGCUGGACCCUUCCAGCGAUGACGUGUUUAUCGGCGGAACCACCGGGAAGCUCCGCCGCCGCUCCGCGACCUCGCGGGGGAAGCUGGUGAUGAAACGCGGCCUCCGCUUCGCACCGCUCGGACUCGGUCUGGGCGAGCGCCCGAGCAACCCGUUGUACUGGCAGCUGUCUCCGUUUUUACCACUGCACCACUCGCAUUACAACGGCUCCGCGCACGGAUUUCUAAACCAAGGACACACGUACGGAACUUUACUACCCGGCGUGGAGCCGCUCGGGAACGGGGAUAUGUCUCGCCAAAUUCUGGGAGCUUCUAGCGGGAGUAUCAACCUGUCGAACGGUUACGGAGUGUCUCCGCCGGCUGCUGGAUUACUCUCAGGGCACAAUGGAUACUUUGUACCGGGCGCGCAGCAGCCGCAGUCGCUCCCGAGCGCGCCAGGUUACGGCAUCUCCAGCUCUCAGUCGCCGCUGCUGUCGGAUUCUCUAAGAACUAGUUUGCCGUCCUUCACAUCACCGCUUUCCGGCGGACUCCUGUCUCAGCACAAACGCGUCGCGCCCAAUUCAUUCCUGAGCUGAGCGCUACGCGUCCUCCUCUCCAAUGGGAAUAUCCAGACUUUCCUAGAAAACCUCGCCGGGAAACCUUUUUUUUUUGUGUGUGUGCGGACUCUGUGAAUUUAAUUUAAUUUUGUCUAUUUAAGCUCGUUUUUGUAAUGGUAGUACGAAGUUAUGCCAAAGGCAAUAACCGUGUUUGUUUUUCUUUUUAAAAAAAGUCUUAUUUAUUAGUAUUUCAUCGCGAAUGAUUCUUUUGUAUUUAUUCUAAAAAUGUUGACUGUUCUUAUUUUUAUUAUCCCUUUGUUAUUGUGGGAUACUGCUGUUAUUAUUAUUAGAUGGAUAGCACAUAUUAUUCGUUUAGUAAGACUAAUUCCUUUUUUAAUAUUAUUAUUAUUUAAGAUUUAAUGUCCCAAACUGUGAAUGCGCCUUAAUAUCUUAAAUCAGGGUUGAGCGUUCGGUCUGACUCAGGUGUGCGUUCUGACAAUCAAACACUGGUCAUGUUAUUAAUAGCUGUGUAAACCUAAAUAUAAAUCUAUAUGCAAUGUCUUCGCCCGAGAGUGUGGGCCUGUGUUCAUAGAGGAUGAUCUAUUACAGUGAAGCCAAGCUACUGAAGCAAACAGCACUGGUUUAAAUGAGCUCUGUUUGUGGGAUGAGUUUAUAAAUGUGUGUACUGUCUCUUUAAAUACUGUUCUGUGAAGUGCAGCUGAUGAUAUUUACACACACCGCAGUAUUUAAAUACAGUUUUACCCGUGAAGAUGGUUCAUCACCAAAGACAGAUCAUUCUCAAACAUAACAUCUCUCCAUUCUGAUUUGCCACAUGACAAUCUGAACCAUUAUUUCAGCUCUCUGUGCGAACACACGGGUGUUUAUCAGAAAUGUGAUUUCUACAAUUGUUUAUUUCCCUUUUGACCACCAUGUGAUUAGCUAUGCUGCACCUUUUGUUUUGCUAGUCAUUUAAUGUUCUGCAUUUGUUUGUCAUCUAGUUUGUCUUGUAUAUAAACUGCCUGAACUUGAGUUCAGAACAAAGAAAUAAAGUAUUGAAAUAUUUCUGUA